AUAAAAGGUAGUUAUUUUUUUAACUUUCAGCUGUAGUCUGUAUUUUACUUAUUCAUCAGUCCUUAAAUACAAUCAUGGCAACAUUAGAAAGAAUAACUACUGACAUCUAGCGGUGAAUACUUUACACUAAAUACACUUUAAUGCAAGUUAGCUCCGGUGUUGGUCCGCCUGCUGAAAAUGCAAAUCAGAUCGCAUCCAAAGGAAAAAGAGACUGUAACCUGUGUCCAGGCAGCAAGAAAAACAGGAAAAGUCAGUUCCCCGGUCCUUUCCAUGAUCCAGCUAUCCGGAUAAAAGCGGCUACUGUAAACAUGUUAUGAAAUUCAACUCCUACAGUCACUGCUCAGUAAACAUGAAACAAGUGGACAGUUUGAGGUCCUGUAACACUCUCUGUUCAUGUUGACACUGAUUGGCCUGUGCCUUUAAAAGAGCUCCUCAUGUGUGUCCUGAUCUCAGCUGAUCUCGACAAACCAGUUCCUUCCCUCCUCUCUCUCUCUCUCUCUCUCUCUCUCUCUCUCUCUGUGCGUAAAGGUAAGCCGGGAAGCAUUUCCUGUGAGUUAGACUACCUGAGUCAAUCAACCACAAACUUAUCAGUGUUUGGUUAUGUAUGUGAAGUUUAACUGCGGGUGUGUGGGGUAGAGACAUAGAAACAGUCACAGAGCAAACACACGAGGAGCGGGACACACCUACCCACACUUGUUCAGAGAGUAAGUUAGAAAAUGAGUACCGGGACUUCGUUGCACAGUUCACCGAAGCAGUCACGGAAAAGUAAGAAGAAACAGCUGCUGAAGCAGGAGACUCAAAGAUGGAUCCCUGUGCAGACCUGCAGCCAUCCAGUUACAAGCCAGUCAAGGACGGUCUGGAAAGUUCAACUGCCUUCAGCUUCCUCCGGUCAUGAAUAUUCCAGCAUCGGCACACACAGAUUUGCCAACAAGGUGGAGGAAACUGUGCAGAAUCACAUGGCUUACUCCAUCCAGGAGGAGGGUCGAGGUGCCAACUGGCAACUGGUAGCAGAAGAAGGGGCGAUGAAGGUAUACAGGAGGGAAGUGGAGGAGAACGGCAUCGUCCUGGAUCCCCUCAAAGCGACACAUGCUGUGAAGGGGGUAACUGGACAUGAGGUCUGCCACUACUUCUGGGACACUGCAGUCCGAUUGGACUGGGAGACCACCGUUGAAAAUUUCCACGUUGUGGAAAAGCUCUCUGAUAAUGCCGUCAUUGUGUACCAGACGCACAAGACAGUGUGGCCUGUCGCUCAGAGAGAUGUGCUCUUCCUGUCAGUCAUCAGGAUGAUUCCACCGAGAAAUGAAAGUGAACCCGACACAUGGAUCGUCUGCAACAUCUCUGUGGAGCAUGAUGAUGUACCUCUAACAAACCGGUGUGUUCGUGCCAAACUUAAUGUUGCAAUGAUCUGCCAAACGCUGGUUAGUCCACCAGAGGGCGACAAAGAGAUCAGCAGAGACAACAUCUCGUGCAGGGUCAGCUAUGUUGCCAAUGUGAACCCCGGAGGCUGGUUUCCAGCAUCAAUCCUCAGACCUGUGGCCAAGAGAGAGUAUCCCAAGUUCCUCAAACGCUUCAGCUCCUACGUCCAGGAGAAAACCGCCGGGAAGCCCAUCCUUUUCUGAAUUCAACGAGGUAACCAGGACCCCAAGCACAACUUGACUGGCAGCUACAUCUAUAAUUAUAAUUAAUUGAAUUUGUAUAUUUUUGUUUUAUUGGGUUAAUUUAAUUACCAUGCAUACCAUCUUUGACCUUUUAAGUUUAACUAAGUUCAUGAUUUCUUUUCUUUUUUGAGAUUGGAUUGAUUUUAUUGAAGUGAACGAGGUAAGAUCUACAGAAUCUGUAAUUAUUCAGAUGCCCCUCGAGCUUUAAAACAAAAGUAGUUGUUUAUGAUCUUAGCUAGAUCAUGCUGGUCAUGGGCGCUUUUGUAUGUAAGCACAAGAAUUUCAUGAGGUGAUUUUUUUUUUGGGUAAAUUAUUUCGUGCAUUUCUAUUGAAUUAUCCAAUUUCCUGACUUUUUUUUUGGGGGGGGUCUUGCUCUAAUUGGUAGUAUUACAGCUGCUUUUUUCUCAGUUUUUGGUACUGCUAAACUUCACUAAAGGUCAAUUAAACAAACAAAAAAACCCUAAACUGUUAUUUACAGCAAAAGCACUGAUGAGGUGGGAACACUUUCACUUCUUCUCUCCCUCUUGUGACGACUCUUUGCAGUUUAACGGCCUAAAGCUUUGAAAUCUUUAAUAUUGUUAUAAAGUAGCUUUCAGAGAGCACAGUGGACACGGUGUAUUGUACAGAGAAAACUCUAGAUGUCAAAUUAUCACUUGUGACUCUUAAACACUUGAAUUUAAUGACAGAAACAGUCAGAAGAAAUAUAGCUUGGGCGAUGAGGAGCAUUUAACUUUGGUUUGGUGCCUUUUUCAUAUGAUAGUAUUAAAAGGCUUAAACUAAAACCAUACCUCUGAAAAUGGUCGGGUACAAGGAAUGGACGGAAACUGUGUAUUUAAAAUAAAUUAAAAUUGUAUUUUUUAUUUUUUAAUAAAAACAGCCAAUGUCUAAAGAAAAUCUUUGGAAGAGCCCAGAGAGCUAUUUCUGAAAACCACUUUAAAAAAUUACAAGAAAAUCUGGAGGCAAAUGUCACGAAAUGAGGCGUGGCUGCAGACGUUUUGCACAGUGUUGUAGCUACAUGAGCAGAAUGCAUUUAGUGAUUUCAGUUUUGUCUGUAUUUUAAAUAGUUUGUAUAUUUUUAAACUGUAUAUGAGAAAUUUUAUUUGACAGUAAAUGUUUUGCAAUGUUCUGUAAAUUAAAGUUAAUAUACAGCAGAACCGAUCGUAUUCUUUUCCUCACACUGGCGUGACAAUGAAACUGGUUUCUGUGGAAAGCCGCAAUAAUCAGCGUUGGAACAGAAUCAGGUCAUGGCCGUUUCUACGUGGAGUUUACGUGUUACCACCGUGUUUGCAUGCCUAGGGUUUCUGCCCAUACUCUCACUAAAGACCGCCACUUCCUAAACAUCCACAGCUAUGACCUGCAAACGCAUGACAUGAAAUGUUUUGAGCAUUCACAGGCAGACACAGAGUUUAAAUUUUUUAUUUAUAGGAGUCUCUUCUUUAUAUAAAUACGCAUUGUCUAUACAUUCAGCGAUGAAAGUAUAUUUUCAGCAAAUGGUAAAAUAUUGGGAUUUACAUAAUAAAUUAUGGUCUCAACUGACGUGAUCGUGGAGUUCAAACACUUAUAGCUGGAUAUGAUUUUGACGGAGCGGUACUGGACCGCCACCGAGUGUCUCAGAACUUGAACUUAAAGAGGACAUACUUAUUCAGUAUCAAAGGAUAUCCUGAGUAAAAGCAUCUUCAGUCAUGACGCAAACCUCAUGAAACUAGUAGUUCCACAUCAAACAGAAAAAAAAAAUAUCUACAGUGUUGCUUCAUUGUCUUUGUACAUGUAGUGUCAACGACAAAACAAGUGUGCAUUUGAAUAAUAAAGAUUUAAAAAAAAGUGCAUGUUCACACAUCUGUGCUUCUAUCAGGUAGCCCACCCGCCUAAAGCAGUGUCCUUGGAGAAAUCCGUCUUACAGAAAUCAUAACAUGGCAAAAGUGCCUCCUGCUCCGUGCUUCAGACGAGGCCUGGCCGCAGUCUUUGCUCGCUUCACGCUCCUCUCCGGGCGGCACAGUUAGGAAAAAAUGCAGGCCGCUUAAACCGGAUCGCACCUCGGGUUUGGCCUCGGCAGCUUCAGUAUCUAGUCUGUUCACAGGAGUCUUUCCUGGUAGGUGUUGGAUGCGGCUACAAAACCAACUUGUGUCCUUCGUUUGACAACGUGGCGUCCCUCCUCAUUGGGGACAAAGAUGCCACCAUAAAUUCAGUGUAAACAUUUCUCAUUUUAACAGCAACUAAAGCAGUCGCGAAUCGUAAAAGUGUCCUUCAUGUCUUUCUGAACAGCAGGGAAAGAAAAAAACCCAAACCAAACAUCUAAACACAUGAAUGGUUUGCAUCUACCGUCUCCUCAAAUAUGCUGAAGUUGUUUUGUAGGCCUUGAAAACAGUACACACAU